GGAGUACAGUAGCGUGUUAGGGGCAUGAGUAAAUGCAGGCGUUUCUCUCUCCCUUAAUUGCCUUGGCGUGCUUCUUUCCCUGCACCCUCCGCCUGCCUCAAUUACAUUAUUCCCCCAGACUUGGAAGCCGCUGACUGAGCUGACGCUUUGAUGGUAUCUGCAAGCUCCUCUGCUGAUCCUCUUUCUACCCCCUGAAUAUUAAAACCCGAAUCUGGUAGCAAUACAUCUCCCCAGUGACAGGAUCUACUAGAGGCAGGUGGGGGAGCCACCAUCAGAUCAUAAGCAUAAUAAUAAUACAAAGGGGAGGGAGUCUUCUGCAACCAAAAGAAAAAAGGCGAGAGGAGGAAAAAAAAAAAAAAAAAAAAAAGCGAUGAGCUCGCCAAAUAUAUGGAGCACAAGAAGCCCAAUCUACUCGACUCCUGCAUUUUCCCAGAAAAUGACGGUGUGGAUUCUGCUCCUGCUAUCGCUCUACCCGGGCCUCACUAGCCAAAAAUCUGAUGAUGACUAUGAAGACUAUGCUUCUAAUAAAACAUGGGUCUUGACUCCAAAAGUUCCUGAGGGUGAUGUCACCGUCAUCUUAAACAAUCUACUGGAAGGCUAUGAUAAUAAACUUCGACCUGAUAUAGGAGUGAAACCAACAUUAAUUCACACAGACAUGUAUGUGAAUAGCAUUGGUCCAGUGAACGCUAUAAACAUGGAGUACACGAUUGAUAUAUUUUUUGCCCAAACAUGGUAUGACAGACGUCUGAAAUUUAACAGCACCAUUAAAGUCCUCCGAUUAAACAGCAACAUGGUGGGGAAAAUCUGGAUUCCAGAUACUUUCUUCAGAAACUCAAAAAAGGCUGAUGCACAUUGGAUAACCACCCCCAAUAGGAUGCUGAGAAUUUGGAAUGACGGCCGAGUACUCUACACUCUAAGGUUGACAAUUGAUGCUGAGUGCCAAUUACAGUUGCACAACUUCCCAAUGGAUGAACAUUCCUGCCCCCUGGAGUUCUCUAGUUAUGGCUAUCCCCGUGAAGAAAUUGUCUAUCAAUGGAAGCGCAGUUCUGUUGAAGUGGGUGACACAAGAUCCUGGAGGCUUUAUCAGUUUUCAUUUGUUGGACUGAGAAAUACCACUGAGGUAGUGAAGACGACUUCUGGAGAUUAUGUGGUCAUGUCUGUCUACUUUGACCUGAGCAGAAGAAUGGGAUACUUCACCAUCCAGACCUAUAUCCCCUGCACACUGAUUGUCGUCCUAUCCUGGGUGUCUUUCUGGAUCAAUAAGGAUGCUGUUCCAGCAAGAACAUCUCUAGGUAUCACUACUGUCUUGACAAUGACCACCCUCAGCACCAUUGCCCGGAAAUCGCUCCCCAAGGUCUCCUAUGUCACAGCGAUGGAUCUCUUUGUAUCUGUUUGCUUCAUCUUUGUCUUCUCUGCUUUGGUGGAGUAUGGCACCCUGCAUUAUUUUGUCAGCAACCGGAAACCAAGCAAGGACAAAGACAAAAAGAAGAAAAACCCUGCCCCUACCAUUGAUAUCCGCCCACGAUCAGCAACCAUUCAAAUGAACAAUGCCACACAUCUUCAAGAGAGAGACGAAGAAUAUGGGUAUGAGUGUCUGGAUGGCAAGGACUGUGCCAGUUUUUUCUGCUGUUUUGAAGACUGCCGAACAGGGGCUUGGAGACAUGGAAGGAUACAUAUCCGUAUUGCCAAAAUGGACUCAUAUGCUCGGAUCUUCUUCCCCACUGCCUUCUGCUUGUUCAAUCUGGUUUAUUGGGUGUCCUACCUUUACCUGUAAAGAGGAGGGGGGGAUAUUGAUAUGGUCUUAUUCACUGAAUCUCAUGGAGAGAAGAUAUUCUAAGUCCACUUAAAAUAAUCUCCUCUAUGGAUUAUAAUGAUAUGAAUUUUGUUU